AUGAAGGCUCUGGAGCAAACUUCAAGUAGCCCAGGAGAGAAUAUAAGUACUGAAGUUUACAAUAAUAAUGAAACAAUCAAUGUUAAAACUGAAAAAUAUAAAAGAAAAAAAGAUACGUGUUAUUACUGUGAAACGGAUGUGAACAAUUUUGUAAGACACUUACAGAGAAAUCAUUCUUGUGAACUAGAAGUCCAACGUAUACUAUCAAAGGAAAAGAAAUCCAAAGAAAGGAGAGAAUUAGUUUCACUUCUAAAGAAAAAAGGAAAUUUCAUUAAAAAUUCACAAGAAUGUGUAAAGCCGGUUAAGCAAGGACUUCAACCUUCUCAGUCAUUUCUACCAUGUUCGAACUGUCUAGGGUUUUACCGAUCUAAAUUUUUAUAUAGACAUAGAAAAAUAUGUUUAGGUGGUCAAUCAUCUAGACAUUCUCAAGCGGAAGGCCAAAAUUUCUUGUUAAAAAAUGUUAAAAAAAUUGACCAGCGUUUAAAAGAUGAGGUCUUCCCAAGAAUGCGGCCAGAUAAAAUCUCUCUAGAAGCAAAAAAUGAUUUUCUUAUAUGUGCAUUUGGUGCUAGAUACCUUAAGAUUCAUCGCGAAAAACAUCACAUUACUGUUACGAGUCGAAAGAUGAGAGAGCUAUCUAGGAUUUUAAUAGAAUUCAAGAAAAUUAAGGCUUGUACAAGUAACCUAUUUGAAGCUCUCAAACCGAAAUUCUAUGACGACUUAGUAGACGCUACGAAAUUGGUAUCAAAAUAUGAUACAGAAAAAGAUUUAUUUUUUUCUCCCACCUAUGCAUUAAACAUAGGAACGUCCUUAAAACAAUGUUGUGACAUUGCGUUACACAUGAUCUCAAAAAUGGAACCAACCAUUGAAACAGCUAAUUGUGAAUCAAAUCUGAAAACAUUAAUAAAUUUGUUUCAAUCAAAUUGGCGAUUUGAUAUAUCAAACCGGGCUGGUAAUGACCUUAAUUUAAAGAAAUUUAAUAAAAUUACUAUUGUACCUCUCGCCAGCGACCUAAAAUUACUCAAGCAACAUUUAGUUACAGAAGCGGAUAAGGCAUUACAACGACUCAAAAUAGAUUCACAUAAUGUUGCUGCUUACAAUACUCUAUUAGAAACGAUAUUUUGCAGAGUUAUACUUUUAAACAGAAAAAGACCAGGUGAAUUGCAAAGAAUGCUUUUGGAUACCUAUGAGAAAUCUGAAAAGAAAAAUGACAGUUAUGAGGAAUUUAAAGAAGUUGUUACCGAAACAGAAAAAAUAUUAUUAAAAAAUAUGAAGCGAAUUGUCAUAAGGGGUAAACGGGGACGAGGUGUUCCGGUUAUAUUUAGCACUGACAUACAAAAUCACAUCAAAGAAAUAUUAAAAGUUAGAUCUAAUUUUGUAAAAGAUGACAACCCUUAUUUAUUUGGCAGAUCAAGUCACUCUACGCCUAUCUGUGGAUAUAAAAUAAUUGCCAAAUAUGCUGUUUCUUGUGGUGCUAAAAAUCCUCAAGCCAUAACUUGCACUAGAUUACGAAAACAUCUAGCAACGCUUACACAGUUAUUUAACUUAAGUGAUAAUGAAAUUGAACAAUUGUCCACAUUUAUGGGACACACAUCUGCCGUUCAUAAAAACUCUUAUCGAUUACCAGACGAUGUGUACCAAACGGCGAAGAUUUCUAAAUUACUAAUCUUAAUGGAAAAGGGUGAAGCCGGAGGGCAGAAAGGAAAAACAUUAGACGAUAUAUCUAUAGAUUUGGACCAAAAUCUUUUAGAAGAUGAAUCUUGUGAGGAAAGUGAUGAUCCAGAAAAAAAUGAUUUUAACGAUUUUAAAAAAGUUAAUGUAACGGAAGAUAUAAAAAAAGACGAAACAAUAGAGACAAUACCAUUUGUACCCAAAAAGAAAAGACUACUAACUCCCUGGACAACUGAACAAAAAAACAUUGUUAAAGCUUACUUUUCAAAAUAUAUAAAUCAAAAACGGGCACCAAAACGGUAUGAGUGUGAAGAAUUAAGAUCUUUGCAUCCGCAAUUAUUUCUUAAUAAAAAUUGGUUAAAAAUAAAAGUGUUUGUGCAAAAUCAAUAUUUAAAAAAAGGUACAUAA